ACCAGUUCCGAGAGCAAGCCCAGCCCUGAGGUCAAGCCUUGCUCUAGAACCAAGCUCCGUGCGGAGACCCAACCCAGCUCCAAAACCCAGCCCUCUUCUAGAACCCAAGACGGCUCUGACGCGAAGCCCAGCCCUGAAAUCAAGUCAAGUUCUGGAGCCCAGCUACGUUUCAGGACACAGCCGAGCCCCGAGAUCAACCCCGGUUCUGGAAGCCAGCCCGGAUCUCCGACCAAGCUCUGCCGUAAAACUCGACCGGACUCUGGAACUCAAGACAACCCCGUGACCCGGCCGUACCCGGACACCCUGUCCAGCUCAGGACCUCUCGUUAGUUCUGGAGCCCGGGCCAGACUCAAGAAACAGCCCGGCCGCAGUGGCCACACCGGCCCAGGAUUGGAAGAGGGCCCCCAAACCCAAGUCUGCUCACGAACCCAGACGCAAGCUGAACUUUGGUCCAGACCCAGACCCCAGCCCUGCCCUGAAACCCAAGUGCCCUCAAGUACCUACUCCCAACCCGGGGCCCGGUCCAGUUCCGGUGGUGAUUCCAGCUCAGAGACGGAGCCCAGUUCUACGCCCCAACCUAGUGCUACAACCAGGCCCGUCUCCAGAAUUCACACAAGCUCUGGAACCACAGCCCUCCCUGAGCCAAGGCCUGCCUCCCGAGCCCAGCUCGACGCCGAGCCCCGCUCUCACGGCAAAACGCAGACCAGCUCUAGAAUACCGUUGGACUCCGGGACCCAGACCGACCUCAAAGCCUGGGCAGUUUCCAGAGCUCAGUCUCGCUCAGGCACUCCACCCAGCUCUGGAGCUCAGCUCAGUUCUGGAGCACGGAGUGCGUCCGCGAUCCCGUCUGGCUCCCCAGUGCAGUCCGUGGCUGAGGCCCCCCUAAGUUCCAGAAUCCAGCUAAACCCUGGCAUCCUAUCUAGCCCUGGGACCCGGACCGACGCAGCAACAGACUUAAAGUCCACAAAUCUGUCUGGCGCUGAGAGCAGACUCAGUUGCAGGACGCAGACUUGUCCCAGAGCUCCGUCGACCUCUGGGACUCAGCUCGUCUCAGAAACCCUGCCGAGUUCUAGAUGCCAGCUCCAAGCCACAGCCCAAGGCAGCUCUGGUAUUGAGCCGAACUCUGGGAAGCAGACCAGCUCUGGAACCGAGCCCAGCUCCAGGAUUCCGUUCAGCCCUGAGACCCAGCGCAACUCUGAAACCCAGAGCAGUUCAAGAACCCAGCCUAUUCCCGGAACCCAACCAAGCUCCAGAAGCCUGAUCAGUUCUAGAACCCAGCCCAGCUCUGACACCCAGCUCACUUCAGAGACCCAGCCCCGUGCAAGAAUUCAGCCCAGCUCUGGAGCCCAGUCCAGAUCCAGGAUUCAGUUCAGCCCUGAGACCCCACCCAACUCUGAAGCCCAGAGCAGUGCAAGAACUCAGCCCAGCUCUGGAACUUGCCUUAGUUCUAGAACCCAGCCUGUUUCGGGAACCCGAUCCAGCUCCAGGACCCAGACCAGCUCAGAGAUCCAGCUCAGCUCUGAAAGUGGGCUCCACCUACAGAUCCCUGGCCUUGACCUUAGAACCCAGGAUGAUCUCACUUCUCCAGCCCCCAGAGCCCUGACUCUGGCUCCUAGCACAGUCUCUCGGCCUCAGCCCCGGCCCCAUGAUCUGGUACAUGGAACCCAGGCCGACACCGGCCUGAGCCAAAGCCCAGCAACUUCCUACCCGGCCCCUGGGCCACAGAUCCCCUCAGCUCCCGCGAAACCAGCCCUCUUCCCCAAGCCUCGGCUAGGACCCCAGAAGUCCCCCCCCCCCCCACCAUAUCUGUAAUCCCUAGUUCUGCCCCCAGGGAGCCCCUCCUGCAUUCCCAGCCCCCUGAAUGCCUGGCUCAGGGACCUGUCCCCUCCCCCACGUUCAAGGAGUCAUCAGAGCCCCUCCCCCACCAAGGGGAGCUAUAGUUCGAGGAUGACUUCUGUUGGCCUCCGUGGUCUCCCCCAUCCUGUCUCCUGCCCCUCCCAGCCUGGGUCCCCCCCUGGAAGCAGCAGGUGACCUCAUUCCCCCAGCAGGUUGCAGGGGCGGGGAGGGGGGCGGGUGGUAGGGAGAGUGGAAACAGGGGCUUUAGUUUCACCGGGGCCUGGCUCUGAGAGCUGUAAGCAGAUCCCAGGUCUG